AUGGCACUGCUAGCCAAUCAGUUGAUGGAUUCAGCCAGGGUUGUGAGUGGUAUCAAUGGGAGGGUGGACCACCUCCCUCAGUUCCUGAGGGUACAGAACCAGGGUCACAUGACCCAGGUCAACGGCACCCAGGAAGACACAAGCAAGAACAGGAAGUACCCGUGCCAACUGUGUGGCAAGCGCUUCCGCUUCAACAGCAUCCUGUCGCUGCACAUGCGCACGCACACGGGCGAGAAGCCCUUUAAGUGCCCUUACUGUGACCAUCGGGCAGCACAGAAGGGCAACCUCAAGAUCCACCUGCGCACUCACAAGCAGGGCAACCUUGGGAAAGGCCGUGGCCGGAUCAGAGAGGAGAACAGGCUGCUCCACGAGCUGGAAGAGAGGGCCAUCCUGAGGGACAGGCACAUCAGGGGUGGUCUUGGUGGUCUGCCCCAGCCACCUCGACCCCACAUCCCCCAGCCCCAGCAGCCCCAGCCUGCCUCUACCACCACACAGCUCCCCUUGACCUUCACAGGUCCUGGCCCUGUGGAGACCCUAUCACUGCCAUCCACCUCCCCCAAGAUGACCACCACUGGUCAGGAGGAUCACACCCAGGCCCAGCCUUCCACAGGCUUCCGCUGCUCCUUCUGCAAGGGCAAGUUCAGGAAGCAGCAGGAGCUAGAGCGCCACAUCCGGAUCCUCCACAAGCCCUAUAAGUGCACUCUGUGUGAGUUCGCCACCUCCCAUGAGGAGGAGCUCAUCAGCCAUGUGGAGACGGCCCACAUCGCCUCAGAGUCGGCCCAGACUCAGAGGCCCGCUGUGGGCAGCGGUCGGGGCGUGAAGCACCCUGGUGGGGAGUUCCCCUGCGAGGUAUGCGGUCAGACCUUCAGUCAGGCCUGGUUCCUCAAGGGACACAUGCGUAAGCACAAGGACUCGUUCGAACACUGCUGCCAGAUCUGCAGCCGGCGCUUCAAAGAACCCUGGUUUCUCAAGAACCACAUGAAGGUCCACCUCAACAAGCUGGCUGCUAAGGCCAAGCAGCUCCCUGCUGACCCGGGGGUAUCUGUCAGCAUGACCAGCGUAGCCCAGGAUGCCCACUACAUCCACCUCUACUCCCAGUACAUCUCAAGCCUCCACAGCAGGUUCCUCUCCGCCGACAGAGUGGGCCAGUCGGAGUUCCAGCAGAUCCUCGCCACAACUGGCAUUGGGAUGAAGGUGAAAGAAAUGCUGGGCAGGAUGCUGGCACCAGGACAUGAUUCAAUGACAGAGGGGGAGAAUAAUCGCUCUUUGUUGGGAUUGAAUAAUCUGGUGCCUCCUCUGAGCGCCAGCAGCAUGGAGUAUCAACUACAGGCUUCUGCCAAUGAGAGAGACAACCUCAACAGCUACCCAGGCUGGCAGGGCAUGGCACCAGGACUGGCUGUAGAUAAGGUAGACCUAUACACAGCUAAAGAACAGCACAGGGCCUACCUGGCUGAGCGGAGGGUUUCAUUAGAUGAGCGACGAGCGUCUGUGAGCGACCCAGAGACACAGGCUAUUAGUAGGCCUAGUAGCCCAGGACUGAGCCAUGUCUUGGAGGAGAGCCUCAUAGGACCAUGCCUCUCUCAGACUGGCAGUACCCAGGAUGACAGCAUCCUACCCUCCUCCCCAGUCUCAGGUACAUAACCGUCUUACCUUACUCAGUGGUUGCAGAUUGUUUAAGACAUUGUUGUUUCUGGUUUUCUCAAAUAUUUGUUAUAGGUCUAUCUAUUUAUUCUAUAUUCUAUGGUCAAUAUUUUACAGUAAUUGAUGUAUCCUCAGAUCCAGGGUCAAGGUCAAAUAGAUGACCAGCAUAUGAUGACUUCAAUGGGCACAUUUAUAUAGAGAGGAUGUUUGAGAACUUCCAUAAAUCGGCCAUAUGUUCCAAAUGUAUACCAUUUGCUAUCCCUCCCAUCAUGCAUAAAAUAGAAUGGAACACAACUGCACUGUUCCAUCAGGAGAUAAAACUAGGCCUUUGGCUAAACUUCACUAAUGUACUCAGGUGGACUUGCCUUGAAGCACAGGGUCAGUACAGCAGCAUAUCCAUACAAAAAACAUAAUCAGUAAUAACAAGGCCUUUCUUUUCUUAUUAACUUUAAUGUUGUCAUGUUGAAAGCUAGAGAUAAUUAGCCUCUACUAUUUUAUAUCAGUCCCAUCCCGACCCCUUGCCUUGCCUACGGGGCACAAUAUGUUAAUGCCUGCCAUCUGGUGUUUUUAAUGAUUUGAUAUAUACCACCUGGUGAUUUUUAUGAUUUGAUAUACCACCUGGUAUUUUUAUUGAUAGUCUUCUGUUCCACCUGGUGAUUUUGAUGAUUUGACUCCCUGGGUGCAUGCUUUUCUUGUCAUGGCAUCCUGUUAACACAUUGUCUGGAUUCUAGCUGCAGAUCUAGUGUUUUCAGAGAAAAAUAUAAGCUUGCUCAUUUCCUUCUUAGCUUAGAAUUCUGGAUCUUUUACAGACCUGGGUUCAAAUACUAUUUGAAAUUCUUUCAAAUACUUUAGCUGUUCUCGAUUGAGCUCGCAUGUUGCAAUGGAACCAAUAGAAAAGUCCCCAAAGUGCAAACUCCCACCAGGCACAGGAGCACUCUAGGUAGACUAAAGCAAACACUAAAAGUAUUGGAAAGAUUUCAAAUAGUCUUUGAACCCAGGUUUGAUCUUCUAGCAGGGUUGGUGAGAGUCAGUGUCUCUGACACGGUUUUGGGGGAUUUGAUCCACUGUUUCCCCAAAUGAAGGCCGUGAAACAGAGAUAAAUGGAUCAGGUCUAAUCUUGUUAAAUGUUUUGUUGACAUAUUGUCUACUUAUACUUGUAUGUACAUGUAAAUACCAGCAUUUUAAGGGUAAUCCGGCCACAGCCCUUUACAAAACAGCUACAAUCUUUGGUAUUUUCAGCUUUUCCUGCUUCCCCAGUCCCCAGCCCAUAUCCCCAGCCACUACUACAGGCCUAUGUUUGUAAAAGCUAGCCGGGAAUGAAUCGGAUGAAGUCUGGGCUGCCAUGUUCGGUAUCAGUGUAAUUUGAGUCGAUAUUAAGAAUGGAAACUAAUUCAUUUUAAAGGUCAGGCGUCAGUGCUUCUUUAAAUGAUGGAUCCCGGCUCGCCCCUCCUCAUCUUGUUCCCCUAGUUCCUGUGUAAUGGAGGACUCACUCAGGGGCUUAAGGACUGCAUUGUUUUGCUCUGACAAUAUAUCCCAGAGACCUCUGCAGCUGCUCCCCGUGCUCACAAUGACAGACUAAUUAACACAAUCACACACUGCUGGCCCCGGCUCAACACGCAGGUCUGCUGCGGGACAGAUAGGUAAAUCCUACACAUAUGGAGAACAUACAGGCACUAAGUGCAAGUCUUGAUGAGGGGCUUUAGGAAUGGGAUAAGUUUGCUGCGCCUGCUAACUGAUCGAGUGUGUCUCGAUGGGCUGGAGUAUUACAGUGGCUGGAGGAGUUCUAAUUCAGGAGAUGUUGAGGAAUUAUCAUUGUUGCCAGAUGUUUCAGCUUGAAACACAUUGAUUAGGCCUGAAUAAGUGGCCGUUUUAUUCCUAUCCAAACGGCUGUAGUCAUGAAGUUAUACUGAUGUUUCCAAUAUGGAUAGCGAAUACAGUUGUCAGAGUUAGCGAAUGCUCUGCUAGAUACAGGACAUGCAGAUAAAGUUGUCCAAAUACAGUAGUGAUACAAGUGUCAACAUGUUAGAUUAUGGUCUGUUUACUCAUAUGGAUACUAGCUAGUGUUGAGAAUGGUGCUCUUAAAAUCUAAUCAAGACAGAUGAAAAAAAUGUAAUUCUAAUCUUAGAAUAAUGACUUGUUUUAAAAAUAUAAACUAAUGGGAGUGCCUUAGAGGCAUCCGGAUUUGAAUUGGGAACAUAAACAUGCCUGAAAUCCUCUGACAGUCAUUCAUUAGUCCUAUUCAAACUCUUAACCCCAAGGUCAAUGAGCAGACACCAUGUAAUGAUGUCGUCCUCACUUAGUCUUUGUUCCCUUCCCCAGCCUUCACGCUACUUUUACUGUAUAGAUGUUAACACGUUACGAGUGGUUACAGAGAGACAAGGAAGGAUCAUGUUUAGGGGGAUAGAAAUCAGUGUAACUGUAUUUAAUCGUUCUAACUUCUAGCUCCAUCUGAUGAUGCUUAAAGGGAUAGUUCAGCAAAAGCACGUGUUUAUAAAACAUCUACAUUUGUAAUUUCGCUGAACAAUCCCUUUAAAUUUGUACCAUAGCUGGGGUUUUUAAAAUGCACAAACUGGGCCUACAUAAGUAGAUUUGAACGCUGCUGAUUUCUGAUUUGUAAACCGGAUUACCUUUUGGCUUGACUGCCCAUUCUCACUUCUGUCCCUUAAUCCUCUUUUUAAUUAUUAUUGCAGAUAAGAGGUAUGAGGCUCAAAUGAAGCUCAAAAUGCUUGUUUUCCUAGCCGUUGAUAAAAAGAUUUACCGUGGGAGUUGUGAACACCUGCCUUGAAAUAUUGUUCCACGUCUCCUGAAUGCCAUUUGGCUUAAUUGACUUGGAAACGUCCCAAAUGCGACAUUGACGAUAUGGUCUAAUUAAUAUUAAUAAUAUAUGCUAUUAUAAACAUCAAAGAACAUCUGGUGCACUUAUUUUCUCCCCAGCAGUCUUGUGUGUCUCUUCCUCUCAGACGGUUUCAUCUUAAAGCAAACCACCUAGGUUUAUUCAUUUAGGGGCUUUAGUUUAUACUGCAUGCAUACUUUUAUAAUAUAACAUAUAUAUAAUGCGUGUGUGUGUGCACGCUCAUGUGUGCUUUUGUGCAUGUGUGUCUGUAUACAUGGGUGGUGAAUACAUUGAAUAAAGAGUGCAAUUUCCAUAUGAAAUGAAUCACUUUCCCCACCAGCUGCAUGCUUUGCCACAGCACGUUAUUUGAGUUCUUAUUUUGCAUCUCUAAUCACAGGCUGGAUAACUUAUAUGCACCACUUCAUUGUAUGAUUCUCUGUGUAAGGUGAGAGAGGCAGGGCCCUGUAAUGAUACAGUAAUUGGAGUUUGGUUGAUCAAUCGAAGCGCUAAAAUUACUCUCACACAUAAUGUGGGCCUCAGCAGUGUAAGUAAAUAUAAAACUGAUUAAGUUAGCAUGAACCACGCAAUUACAAAGAUGGCACCCGUCCAAAGACAAGAGAAAAGGGUGUUGAGUCUUUGUUUGGUUUUGCUGCUCUGGGGGGUAUUAGCGAGCAAAUGUGUUUAUGAAAGAGACAGUGGCCAAAGAUGAGGUCACAUAUGUCUGUUUUCUGCAUUUUAGGCCUGCUGGUAAUUUCAUGGUAAUGUCAUUUUUAGAUUUGUAUCCGCAACAAGCCAGUUUGGUGGAAAUACACUACUGGUGGGAAACUGCGCAUAUUUUCUUUAUGCAGAUUUUUAAAUAUUUGCAUGAAAAUCUGUCGCCAAUUGGAUAGAAACCUAGCUAGUGUGUCUAUCUGUCUGAAAGACUGCUGUUAAGCUGUAGGAGUUUUUUUGUUUGUUACUGGACCCACUGGGCAAAAACUGGUUGAAUCAACGUUGUUUCCACUUUAUUUCAACCAAAAUAUUCAAUGUGAGGACAUUGUAUCAACGUGGAAAACUGAUUGGAUUUGCUAAAAGUAAUCAACGUAAGGGAAUUUUUUACCUAAAUCCAAUAACAUGGUGACAUUUUUUGUUAUUCACAUUAGUUGACAACUCAAUCUAAUGUAAAUCAAAACUAGACGUUGACCUGACGUCUGUGCCCAGUGGGGAGACAAUGGGUGUGGUGUUUCUGAUGAGGCUCCUUCCCGCUCACUGUCCUGUCUGAACACACACACACACACACACUGUGUGUAGUUGACUGUGUGUAGUUCAAGGUCAUUUAUAUGACUAGCAGUGCUUUCUAACUCAUUAUUAGUGUGGUGCUUUAUGAUCUGCUCCAUUCAAUUAAUUUAUAUUCCUCUCUCCUCUAGGUAUAUUAUGUUGUUUAAAAUUCUAAUGUUUAAAGAAAGGCACUUUAAAAAUAAAAGAAUUCAUCAUUAAAUGACGGAUGGCGUUGGUAUUAAAGUUGGAGACAGCAUAACAAACAACUCUAGAUCAUUAGAGAUUGACCUCAGGGAGAAUUACCUCAGGUUCAGGUCUGAUCUGGAGUUGUUAUAAAAUGUAUAGUUCAGCUGAGGGGAAGGAAUCACUGUUGUAAGUCAGAUAUUAGUCUGUUAAAGAAGAACAAUAAGGCAUCAAUAUGCAUAGAAUUAAAUUAACGGCGCUGGGCUUUAUCUCACCAUCCCAGACGCCACAUCCCUAAAAGACACAGCAUAAUGUAUGACCUGACCUUCAAAUGCCAGGAGAGUGUUGGACAAUAAACUGCCAAUAUUUGUGGCUUAAUGGCGGCGGAUGACUUUUACAGUAAUUGGAAUGGCACCGAAACAGCUGGGCUGCUUAAAGACAGUGGAAGGCAAGGGGUGUGUCUCAAAUGGCACACUAUGCUCUAUAUACAGCACUACUUUUGACCAGAGCCCUGGCCAAAAGUAGUGCACUAUAUAGGGGAUAUGGUGCCAUUUGGGACACAACCAAGGAUCUCUCAGACAAGCACUAACUCAAAUAUGUGGCAGUUUAUGUAACCCUAUAGGCAAGGCUGUUAUUACACAGCUCAACCUAACAUGACACCUGGAGGGAUGUGUUCAUGUAUACAGUGUCCAUAUUAGGACAGGUACACAUCCAACUCCAAAUGACUUUAACACAAGCUUCAUGGACAUAUAUACAAUAUGGUCAUCGUACAGGUGAGAAGUCAAUCCAAGUUGCUUACCAAGUUUAUGGGGAUAAGCCAAUAAUAUCAUUUUCCUCACUGCAAAAAUCGGCAGUUUGAUUCAUGAACUCAACCAAACAAAGUUUACAGAAAGAAACAAAAAUGAACUCAACUGAAAUUCUCUCAUUGCAGAGAAAUAAUGUUAUUUUUGACUUGGAAACCCAGUUAGUUGCUUUCGAUAGAAUGGGGCCCUCUGUCUGCAACACGUGCGCCUCUUUCUUCUCAUUUAGAAGAUAGCUACUACAGUAUGUCAUUAGAAAUAAUCUUAUUUGCUGCUAACAUCUUUGAGUAUAUUCAUUGCGUACGGUGCUCUGCUCUCCAUACUGUGCGAUGAUGUAUUGCUUGGGCUGAAAGCUGAUUACAAGCCUGAUUUACUGCAGAGCACGACUUAAAUCAUUCAACUCAGCAUUGUGUGGCGCUGCACACAUUAUUUAUGUUUAGAAAUGGCGGCCAUAUUUACACACACAUUUCCCAAGUUCACAGAGGUGAUCCAAUCGCUCAGGUUCUUUAGGUUGGUUCUCAGUAUGCCAAUGAUUUAGUCGUACAAGUCAGACAAUUGUCUCUGAAAUAUAGCACAUACUUACAACUAUCCAGAGAAACAUGAAUGUGAAAGACUGGUAAUCGAGACUGUCUGAUUCAGGCUGUGCUACUGUUCUGUCUUGUGGCUCUAACAGGUGAGAAGAAGCCCUACAGUUGUCCUCCCAGUGACUACAUCAGCACAAAGUCAGCCUCUCUCAGUUACCGUCUGGAGGGCUACCCCCUCCACACCCAGUGGAACCACGACACCAGGGACAACAUAGACCCCUCGUCCCCACAGCCCCCCAGCCCCAAGGACCGGAGCACUACUUCUGGCCUCUACAGUGGGCUGGAGGGCCCUGAUGAGAACAGAAGAAACCCAGCAACUCUGCACAUGGACAGGCUAGCACCCAACCUGCCUAACCCUUCCAACCUGCACCAGGCCUAUGGAGGACCUCCAGCUAUGGAGGACAACAGUGUGAACCCACAGGGUCUUCAUCAAUCCAUACAGACCUUCAUCAACGGCCUGACGUCCAGUGUGCUGAGAGGGGACAGAAAGAGAAGGGCAGGGGGAGGUAGGGUCAGCACUCAGGGGGGAGGACAGGGGAGCUCUGAGGGGGAGGACCAUGUUGGAGUCAGGGGGAGUGACCGGGGCAGUGAGGUGGAGGCAGGUACUGGUGGCUCUGCAGUCACCCCCAGGACCAGGAAGUCCCAGUAUGAGCCUCUGGAUCUGUCUCUCAGGCCAGAUUGGGUGCUGUCGCCUCAAGCUGGCUCAGCCCACAUGGACAGAUCUCAAGGGGGAUUGACUGGGUUAUUCCAACAGCACAGCAGUGUGUGUAAUGGCUCCCUCUCCUCCAAUAGCAACAGGCUGCAGGCACCCACUGGGCAACACACGGCUGAACUGUCUGAGAUUGGAUCUAGCACUGGUGACCUGGAGAUGCCCACAGAACAGGAGGACCAACACAACUAUGACUCCUCAGCUCACAAUGGAGAUUGUGCACUCGAGAGCUAUGUGUUUUACAAAGAUGAGGAAGAAGAGGAAUUCAACAAGCGGAGGAUAAUGAAGAGUAGCCACAGCGAAGCAGGGCUUAGUGAGAAAAUGACAGAGAUGAUGGUUGGUAGUCUCCAGGGGCCCAGUGAGGCCCCUCAGUGUCCCCAGAAGAAGCAGGGCCAGUGGGGCAGGUCGGUCAUCCAGCCUCUCCUCUCUCCUCUGGAGCUGCUGAAGCCAGUGCCGACUCCUCACCACCACCACCACCACCACCACCUCCAUAGGAACCUCCUCUCAGUCCUCCGGUCCUCCAGUGGCCAGAACCACAUGCUCCUCAAUGGCCAUGCAGCCAGCUUGAAUGGUGGAGGUGGAGGGCCCAUUGAGAGAGCAGAGACUUCAGGUGAGUUCCUCUCUCUCUACCCCAUGAACGAUGUCAUCUGUACCUCUGUCUCCAAAUCUUACUCUUUCCCUGUAGUGCCUUCAUAUUACAUGAGCGUUCAAUGCCAUCUAGUGGUCAAGUAG